UUAACGUUCGGCAAUUUGUCCCUCCUUUUCGUGUCUUUCGUCGCGGCCUGUCUGAAACAUUAGUAUUUAAAUAACGUGAAAGCGACACCUGCUGUUGCAGUUAGCAUAGCGAAUGCUAAUUCAGCCACUGCUAAUACAUAGACAGUAUCUUUAAGGAGCCAUAUGGAUUCUCCUCGGCAAUCGAAGAACCAGAAUCGAGAGCCAAGGCGCACCCAGAAUCACUCAAGCACUCCUCCGCAGAAAGAUGCCUACGCUAGGCUUCUCAGCCAGCACAGCAGCACCAAGUUCAGCCUGUAUCUAGAGCAAUAUGCAAAGGACACAGUUUUUCAAAGGGAAGGAAAUGGGCCGAGCACACAGCUCAAAGCCCAGAGUGACCGACAGAACAUACCCCAGCGCAGAAGGGACCAAGUGCCCAAUGAUUUCUCCGAUUCAAGUGACUUCUCCCCCUCUUCCAUGAAAAGUAAAGGCGAGGAGAGUUCACUGUCUUUGUACAUGGAGAAACUAAGCACCCGCAGCGCUCAGCAGGACUCCGAGAGGAAGCAGGGUGUGUCUGACAGACAGCGGUGGGGACAGAGAAGAGACACUGCCACCAGCCAAGAUGGAGAUGUUGAGUCUGGGGAGGAACUUGGUUCUUCAAAACCCAAUGACAUGAAGAAAAACCAAAAGCAGCAGAAGAAAAACAAGGACUCUAACAGAGACGUCACCUCAAAAGAGACUGACUCACCUUUUGCAUGUCCCCAGUCCCCAAAUAAUGCAAGUACAGGAGAACUUGAGCAAGAGAAGACAAAGAAAGCAAAGAAAAAAACCAAUACAAGGCACCCAGAAGAGGAGAAAAGCACAGAAGGGGCAUUAACUUCUGGGGUUGACAGUCAGGUAACAAGGCCCAAGUCUCCUCAUGGAAGAGACAAAAAAGUGCAGCAACCCAGAGUGUCCAGUGCCUAUUCUCCUGCUGACAAGAGUAAGAACAAGGGAGGCAGAGGGUCAAAGAAACAGGUCUUUGAAUCCUACAUGACUUUUGAGGAGGUUUCCCAUGGCCUUAAAAGAGGGGAACUCCUUCAGGGACCGAUACGAAUCAACCCUAAGAAGUUCCACGAAUCUUUCAUCCCAUCUCCUAAUGACACACGGGACAUAUUUCUGGAUGGCAUCGUAUCUCGCAACAGAGCACUGAAUGGAGAUGUGGUGGUGGUGCAACUCCUUCCUCGGGAGCAGUGGAAGGUGGUGAGGUCAGAUACUGACUGUGAUGGUGCCAGUGAGUCAGACACCCAGAAAGAAAACAUGGUGCAAAGAGCACAGAAGAAGACCGAGCGUAAACCCAGGCCCGAUGUGAAUGUGGAAGACCGGGCUAGCGACCAGGAUGAACUCAUCCACAAAGUGCAGAACACCACCCUGACUGACACAGUGGAACAUCUGGAAGACCCCUCAACCCCACGGCCUAAUGGGGAAAUACUCCAAAAAACUGCUAAAGUGGUGUACAUUGUUGAGAAGAAACACUCCAGAGCGGUGACAGGCUUCCUGAAAUUCCUACCAGAUAAGCCGUUUGCCAUGUUCUCCCCUGUGGACCACCGGGUGCCACGGAUAAACGUUCCCCUCGCUGAAUGUCCCGAAAACUUUACUUCCCGCCCGGGCGACUACACCAACACCUUGUUCAUAUGCCGCAUCACCAACUGGUCGGCCGACAGUAACUUUGCAGAAGGUCAACUUGCUAAGACCCUGGGUCAGGCAGGAGAAAUCGAGCCGGAGACGGAGGGCAUCCUGAUCGAGUACGAGGUGGAUUUUUCUGAGUUCUCAACUGAGGUGUUGGACUGCCUGCCAAAAAACCUGCCCUGGACCAUCCCAGCAGAGGAGAUGAGUAAGAGGAAAGACUUAAGGAAGGAGUGUAUCUUCACCAUCGACCCCGCUACUGCCAGAGACCUGGACGAUGCACUCUCCUGUAAACGACUCCCUGAUGGUAACUUUGAGCUGGGAGUCCACAUCGCUGACGUGAGUUACUUUGUGGGCGAGGACAAUGCUCUGGAUUCCAUUGCCAGCCGAAGAGCAACUAGUGUGUACAUGGUUCAAAAGGUGAUCCCCAUGUUGCCCAGGCUGCUGUGUGAGGAGCUGUGUAGUCUCAAUCCUCUCAUUGACAGACUCACUUUCUCCGUGAUUUGGAAUAUCACACCAGAGGGGAAGAUCCUGAGCGAGUGGUUUGGUCGCUCCAUCAUCCGCUCCUGCGUGAAGCUGAGCUACGACCACGCUCAGAGCCUGAUCGACGCCCCUGACAAGAUGUUCUCCGCUGAGGAGCUGCCACCUACAGACCCCGAGCACCCCAUCGACGAGAUCCAUCAGGCUGUGCUCAACCUGCACUCCAUCGCCAAGAGCCUCCGUGCUCAACGCUUCUCAGGAGGAGCCCUCAGACUGGACCAGUUGAAACUGUCUUUUACCCUGGACAAAGAGACCAUGAUGCCUCAAGGCUGCUACGUUUACCAGUACAGAGACAGCAACAAGUUGGUGGAGGAGUUCAUGUUGCUGGCUAACAUCGCCACAGCCCACCACAUCCACUCCAAAUUCCCUGAGCUGGCUCUGCUCAGACGCCACCCUCCACCCAAGGCCAAAAUGGCGGAGGAGCUGCAGGAGCUUUGUGACCAGCUGGGAAUCGACAUAGAUCUGUCCUCUGCAGGAGCGCUGCACAAGAGUCUCAACACCAGUCUCGGUGAUGAUGAGUAUACCGCUGCCAGAAAAGAAGUUCUCACACACAUGUGCUCCAGACCCAUGCAGAUGGCGAUGUACUUCUGUUCAGGAGCUCUUAAGACGGAGAGCCUCUUUAAGCACUACGCCCUGAACGUUCCUCUCUACACUCACUUCACAUCCCCCAUCAGGCGCUACGCCGACAUCAUCGUCCACCGGCUGCUGGCUUAUUCACUGAAGUGUGGACCGAGUUUGAGGCUCAAGACGCAAGAUGUGGAGAAGCAGGCGUCACACUGUAAUGACAAGAAGACUCUGUCCAAGAAAGUCCAGGAGCUCAGCUCUGAGCUCUUCUUUGGAGUGUUUGUAAAGGACUGUGGCCCUCUGGACUCUGAGGCCAUGGUGAUGGGGGUCCUGGAUCAGUCCUUUGAUGUGCUGGUUCUCCGAUACGGAGUACAGAAACGCGUCUACUGCAAGUCGAUUACGGGCCUGAGCUCUUUCCGCCAUCAUAAGGUGGGGAAGAAGUCCGAGCUGACUCUGAUCUGGAUACCAGAGGACCUAAACAAAGCUCCAGUAGAGCAGGUCAUUUCAAUCUUCACGUUAGUGGAGGUGCAGCUCAAGGCGGACGGCGCGCCCAUGAAAUACAGUGCUGUGCUCAAAAGGCCUGAUGAGAAAGAAGAGUAAAUACCUAAAUGCGUUGUAGAGCACACAAACACUUGUACGGAAACAUGGAAUUGCACAUUUCCUUUGAUUAGAAGAAGACGUAGUAUUUUAGAAGCUGUGUUUCCGUUGUAAGGAGGGAAAUCACCGUCAGUCAGAUUUCAAUUAAAAUGUCCAUCUUAACCUAUCAUAAGUCCCAUCCAGGGACUAAAUAAAUAAUAUAAAUAUUAGCCCGCUCACUGCAAAUCACCCACACACGUGCUGUUGAUGUAAUCCCAAUUUGCAAAAGUAUAUUAUUGUGUCCAAUAGACAUGCAACAUGUUCCCAACCACAAGGCAUAAAAGGCUUGGUCUUUGAAAUGAUCAGAAUAAUGGCCAUCCUUACAAGAAGACGUUUUUCUUUUCUUUUUGUUAUGCAUUUGAAAACUGUUGUCUCUGUGAUGUGUGAUUUACAGUUAUUGGUUUAAAACCUGUAAACACUGAAUUAUUUUUUCUUUUAUUCAAGCCACAGUGAUUCACUUAAGGGAUCUAUUGUAUGUGUUUCAGUUUAAUUUGUGAUGCAAGUCUGACGGUGUAAUAACCGAGGCAGCAAUUUCUUUUAUGUUGCUGCAGAUUUAUUGACCUUUAUGAGGACCAUUGUGAUAUAACUGUUGUACACAGUCUAAUGCCUGAAAGCUGACUUUAAGUUUAAUAUCACUGACUGGUUUUUCGAUUCUAGAUUGAGUUGAGAGCCAUAUUUGUGUUUGCAGAGCAAUAGAGUAUACCACACUACUGACAUUUACUCAUUUGUCUGUCUAUGGUUGCUGUAAUAUAACUUGUUGUGAAGUUACGUGGAUCAAACGGGGAAACAUGUAGCAGUAAAAGCAAGGUUAAUCUUUUAUCUACAUUAUUUCAACAGAACAGGUGGAUUAGCCCUUGUUUAGGCAACAUAACAGCUCCUUCCAUCCAUUACUUUUUAGAUUGUUGUAAGUAUUUCAAGAUUUUAUACUGGGAAGAGUUUUCAGAUCCUUCUGGGGGCUAUAAGGUACUGAUCAUAGGACUUUUGGAUUGAUUUAAAUUAUUAAUAGGAGGAUGUAUCCCACAUAUUGUUUUAGAAUAACUUGAAAUGCUGCAGACAAAGGUUGGUGGCCUCGAGGUCUUAAAUAAAUACCAAUUGUUAUCUGUGGGGAUUUCAUGCUCAGAAUUGAUUCUGUAGCACACAUUCUUAAUGAACCUCAUUCAUAUCAACUGAAUUUCAGCCUUAAUUUAAUCAAGAGAAGAUAAAACUACAUUUAGUCAAAAUGCACAUUUUUUAAAGAUUGUGGGCCUUCCAUUUUCGCUUUGAGUCAAUGUGCCUCUCUAUUAUCCAGUGCCAUGUGGUAUCAGAAAAUCCGCUGCUAUGUCUGUUCAAUUUUUUUUAUUUGUUCUUUUGUUUUAUUGAUUGUUUUUAGGCGUGUGGCAUAUAUUUUGAAAGAUCAUUUUUUAUUUUGGUUUUACAGACUGACAGUUUGUGACCUCAGCUUUAAAAGUAUUUUAAACAUGCAAUUGAAGUUAUAGUGCAAAUGAACAAUACUGACUCAUUGGGAUGAUCUUCAAUUGGUUGAAACAAAAAUAAUCUCAUUGGAAACCUUACAUCUAAGUAAAACAAAUCAAAAGUACCAUUUCUUGAUGUUGCAUUGAAUUGUGUCAGUAUUCAAAGUGCAUUUGUACUGUGUUUGAACCUUCAUCCAGAGCAAUAUGAACUGUUGAUGUGCUUGUGUCUAGGGAAAUAAAUACCUACCUAAAUGACUAAAA